GGGGUGUUCCACAAAGCCGGUUUUAUCACAUAACCGGGUAAGUUAACCCAGGGUUUUCGGUAACCCUAGGUUUUCCGUUCCAAAAGGAUCACGGUAUGUUAGUUGCUAUAGCAACAUAUGCUCUGAAUCAAACCUGCCGGUUUUAUCACAUAACCGGGUAAGUUAACCCAGGGUUUGCGGUAACCCGAGGUUUUCCGUUCCAAAAGGAUCACGGUAUGUUAGUUGCUAUAGCAACAUAUGCUCUGAAUCAAACCUGGUCGGAGCAGGUUUUGCGCAGGUUAAGUUCAAAGAUAACCCGGUUUUGCUCAGGGUAUUUAAACCCGCGUUCACCACAGCUUUUACGUGAUCACAAUGGCAUGCCCUUUUGACGAGAGGCCGAUUGAUAUCGGAGCGCAAAUAAUUCGUGCCAUUCACAGAGAGAGAUUAAUUAGACCACGGCUCGACAUAUUGUCCUUUCCGGAGGACUUUUUGCUGGAGAGAUAUCGUUUUUCACGUGAUUCUUUGCUUUAUUUAAAUAACCUUCUCCAACCAUACAUUGCAAAUGUGACCAAUCGUGGAUCUGCCCUCAGUCUACUCCAAACAAUUUGCACAGCUCUCCGUUUUUUUGCGACGGGAAGCUUUUUGUACAGCGUAGGAGAUGCUGAGCACAUAGGCAAAGCCACGGUCUGCCGCUCAGUACGUAAAGUUUGUCUUGCGCUGAAGCAGUUGUUGCGGAACUUCAUCGUAUUUCCAGGCCAUAAACCCACGAGACGCAUGAAAAUGGAGUUUCACCAACUUGCAGGAUUUCCAAAUGUAAUUGGGUGCAUUGAUGGCACACAAGUGCCCAUACUGGCCCCAUCUAUAAAUGAGGCAGAUUAUGUGAACAGGAAAGGCUAUCACAGUAUAAAUGUUCAGAUGAUAUGUGAUGCUUCCCACAUGAUCACCAAUGUAGAGGCAAAAUGGCCUGGUUCAGUCCACGAUGCAAGGAUGUAUCGUGAAUCCAAUUUGAGCCGUAAAUUUCAAGUGGGUGAGUUGCAUUCUGAACAUAUAGAUCUCAUAUAAUUGUGCUUGUGCAAGAUAGCUCAAAGUUUGUAUUUGAUCGCAGGGCAAUUCGAUGGGUGGAUCCUAGGAGAUCGAGGGUAUCCAUGCCUCCCGACGCUCAUCACCCCGUACCCUAAUCCCGCUCCUGGACCACAGACUACAUUAAACCGGGCACACAGCAGAACCCGCGUUAAGAUUGAAAACACAUUCGGGAUAUUGAAGUCCAGAUUUCAAUGCCUACGUGGACUAAGGGUUUGUCCGGAACGGGCAUGCGACAUAAUUGUUGCAUGCGCCAUCCUCCACAAUAUCGCCACCCUGCGCAAAGAGAUGCCUCCCCCCUUUGACCCGUUCCUCGAGGAGGAACACAUUCCCCAAAUGGAUUCAAGGGCUGG